GGGCCGCCGCGCCGACCUGCAGCCAUGGAGCAGGCACCUCCCGACGCCCCGCGGCAGUUGCAGCCGGCGCCCCUAGAGCCGCUGGGGCUCCCCGACGCGGGGCUGCAGGCCGCGGCCGGCGAGGAAGAGGAGGGGGCCCGAGAGGAGGGCCCCGCGGACGGCACGAUGACUGAAAAUAAUUUUUGGUUGAAGAAGAUAGAAAUUAGUGUUUCAGAAGCAGAAAAGCGAACUGGAAGAAAUGCCAUGAACAUGCAGGAAACAUAUACUGCUUACCUCAUUGAAACAAGGUCAGUUGAUCACACUGAUGGCCAAAGUGUCUUAACAGACUCACUAUGGAGGCGGUAUAGUGAAUUUGAAUUGUUGAGAAACUACCUUUUAGUUUACUAUCCACAUGUUGUUGUGCCACCUCUACCAGAAAAAAGGGCAGAAUUUGUUUGGCAUAAACUCUCUGCUGACAACAUGGACCCGGAUUUUGUGGAAAGACGAAGGAUUGGUUUAGAAAACUUUCUCUUGAGAGUUGCCUCGCAUCCCAUCCUUUGUAGAGACAAAAUCUUCUAUUUGUUUUUAACACAGGAAGGUAACUGGAAGGAGACUGUGAAUGAAACUGGGUUUCAACUGAAGGCAGACUCCAGGUUAAAAGCGCUUAAUGCAACAUUCAGAGUGAAAAACCCAGACAAGAGAUUUACAGAACUAAAACACUACAGUGAUGAACUACAGUCUGUCAUCUCACAUCUUCUUCGAGUCAGAGCUCGAGUAGCAGAUCGACUGUAUGGUGUAUAUAAAGUGCAUGGGAAUUAUGGACGAGUUUUCAGUGAGUGGAGUGCCAUAGAAAAAGAAAUGGGGGAUGGACUGCAGAGUGCUGGUCACCAUAUGGAUGUGUAUGCAUCUUCUAUAGAUGAUAUUUUGGAAGAUGAAGAACAUUAUGCAGAUCAGUUAAAGGAGUAUCUGUUUUAUGCAGAAGCAUUGCGGGCUGUAUGCAGGAAACAUGAGCUUAUGCAGUAUGACUUGGAGAUGGCUGCUCAGGACUUAGCAUCCAAAAAGCAGCAAUGUGAGGAACUGGCAACAGGGACUGUGAGAACAUUUUCUCUGAAGGGAAUGACCACUAAGCUCUUUGGUCAAGAAACUCCAGAGCAGAGAGAAGCCAGAAUAAAGGUGCUAGAAGAACAAAUAAAUGAAGGAGAACAGCAGUUAAAGUCUAAAAAUCUGGAAGGCAGAGAAUUUGUGAAAAAUGCUUGGGCUGAUAUUGAACGCUUCAAAGAACAAAAGAACCAUGAUUUAAAGGAAGCCCUCAUAAGCUAUGCAGUCAUGCAGAUCAGUAUGUGCAAAAAGGGAAUUCAAGUUUGGACCAAUGCUAAGGAAUGCUUUAGCAAGAUGUAAUCCUGUGAAACGAAUUUCUCUUCAAUCAAAGUGCCCCAGAACAGAAGCACAAGUAAAUUAAAAAAAACUUAAGUUGCUACCCAGUAUACACAAAAAUAUAGAAGUUGAAUAGAUUCAACUUUCUUUAAUUUGAUUAUAGUUGUGUUCAUAUAGCACAAAAAAGGAUGUAUUUUAAUGAAUAUUAAAUAUUAUAAUUUGAGGUUUUGGGGACUGGUGCUGAUUCCAAAAAGUUAAUUUGAUAAUAUAUACCAAUAGAUUGUUUGUCAGGCUUCUGAACCAAUGACUGAAUGUUAAGAUGUUAGGUAAUUUGUUUGUUUCAAUGCCAAUUGUUUCUGAUCUGUUUAUGUAGGGAGUUUUUCCCUAAGAUUGAAUUCCUAUCUUUACUUGGUAAGACCCACUAAUCUGUUAUAGGGGGUUAUUUUUUCUUGCCUUAUAGUUGAGCUGUUUGGUUUGACAAAGCUCAGCAGAAACUUAGUGUGAAAUCUAAGAUUUUCUCCCACAUUCAUUGAUGCCUCCUAUAACAUUUGCAUACACUAGAAAAUGCCUUCAAUAUGGGUUUAACCAGAAUUUUGAUACUGGUCAGAAAUUUUAUACUGCCAACAAAGAAGAUUCAACUUCUCAGAUAUAUAGUGGAACACAUUGUUAUGAUCCAGGAAUUGCUAUAUAGAAAGUUUUAAUUGAAUAUGUUACCUAUAAGCACUAAAUUCUUUUCAAAUAAUUCUUAACCUCAGUGAUGAGCCUAAAUUUACUCUGCUUGGCUCUCUACACAUGGCAUUUCAGGGUACAAGAUGUAGCAUUUCAAUGUAUAAGAUAUAUGUAGUGAACAUAUGUGUUAGUAUCUUCAUUAUUAACAUCCUUCUUUUCUAUUGCUUGGCUGUAAUUUUUGUAAAGAUAAAUUAUAUUGUUUGUGUAUGUGUGUGCGUAUGUGUGUGUAUGUUUGCGGUAUAUGUUCAGAAGCCAAGCGCCUCAUUUUGCUAGCUUUGCAGUAUUUUAAAUGGGUUCUCAUUAUUACUAAUUAUGUAAGAAAAAGCCCCAGUACUGUUCAGCAUUGGACUUUUUUACACGUUUAAAAUGUUGCUGGAUUUUUGUGCUGUUUGCCAAACUUAUACAAUAAAUAAAUGAAGUAUUGUGCUGAU